AUUCGUUUCAUACUUUUAGUCAUCCCAGUUAAGUCAGAGUGUUAGCUACUGGCAGUAGAUACAGACGACCAGACAGGUUACCUACAAACGCAAGUCAGUGAUUCGUUGGUUAGCAUCUAUUGAGUGUGCCUUUCGGUAUUUCCGCGGAGUUCAAACGUAUCGACCAAACUGGAAUACUAAUAACUCUUAUUAAGCAAAAAUCCAGAUAUUCGUAGAUUAUUGCUUCUGCCUGUGUUGUAUCUUUUGUGAGAUAGAUUCAGUAGUGCGAAGUUUCAGAGUUUUCGACAUAACCAUGUUGCGCACAAUUUUAAUAGCAGUUUUGAUGGUCCAAGUAACUUUGUGCUUUCCGCAGGGUACAAGCGAUCAAAAGGAUCAAAAGGAAGGUCCAGCAGACUCAACUGUUCAAUACCGCAAGGAAGUCCAUAUAACAAAUUCAGGGGACAGUAGACAAUUUUUUGAUGCUAUUUUCCAGAUUCCAAUCGCCACUCUACAAGCUGUCAAUGGUUUAGUUAACCAGGCAGCUGCGAACAAGCCAGUCUACACAAAGACCAUAGUCACAACCAACCCGCAACAACAGGAUUCUGUAGAAGCUGCACCAAUCCACUAUAACAAAAAAGUGUACGUAACCAACUCAGUAAUUGAGGAUCCAAAACAAACGACCGAAGAAACAUCCACCGUUAAAUACCGCAAGGAAUUCCGUGUGAGAAAUACAGCAAAUGGAAAUGCCUACCGAAAAGGAUUGUUUGACGCUAUUUUCCAGAUUCCAAUCUCUACCUUAACAGCAGUGAAUAACUUGGUCAAUCAGGCAGCAGGUUCCAAUGGAAUCCGAAAGGAGAUCCGAAUUAGUCAAGUUAAUAAAAGUGAAACGACGAGAAAUAGUGCACAAAAGGAAGUAAUGUGAUUUGAGAAAUAAAAUAAUCCCCAGUGAUAAUAA